AUGCAGCAUAUUGUAAUUGACCCGAACCAUCUCCAGCCGCCCACCCGCGAUACCGGCACCGACCAGGUUCCGCGAACCCUGCCGCCAGUGAAGAACAGCAAGGUGCACCCCAGCAAACCAGGCAGCGAGAAUGCGUCGAUCUAUUUCAUCGGGAAUGCCACGACCAUAUUAGAAUGGCAAGGUGUGCGUAUCUUGACAGAUCCCAACUUCCUCCACGCUGGCGACCACCUUCACCUUGGACCUGGGUUGACAUCAACCCGGAGACACAACCCGGCAGUUGAGCUGCAGGAGCUGCCGCGCAUUGAUUUAGUCCUGCUGUCACAUUAUCACGAAGACCACUUUGACCGCAAAGUUGAAGAAUCCCUACGGCGUAACCUACCUAUCGUGACAACAAGCCAUGCGAAGUCUGUCUUGACCUCUAGAGGCCCAGACUCAUUUACGAAUGUCUAUGACCUGGACCCUUUCCACCAAAUGAUGAUCAACUUUGCGACCAAGAUAGAGGCAAAGGACCAGUAUAUGCCAAGCCUGCGGGUAACGGGGAUGCCCGGGAAGCACGCUCCUUUGGGCACGGCAAUGGAGAGUCUGAACGAUAUCGUCGGGGCGAUCCCUCCAACAAAUGGCUGGAUUCUAGAGCUUGGCUACGGCCAUAGCGCGGACGGAUUUAAAGUGGGCUACCGGGUCUACAUCUCGGGCGAUACCUUGAUGUUUGAUGAGCUCAACGAGAUCCCGAAGCUAUACGGAGAGCAUAAUAUUGACCUCAUGAUAAUCCAUCUAGGUGCUGCCAUGGUACCGUCACCAUCGCUAGCACCAUUCACCCUGAUGGUCACGAUGAACGCAAAACAGGGGGUAGAGCUGAUGCAGUUGGUUAAGCCGGACAUCACUAUUCCAGUUCACUUCGAUGACUAUGAUAUCAUGUCGGAGUCGCUGGAGGACUUCAAGGCGGCUGUUGCAAACGCAGGCUUGGGCUGUGGUGUCGUGUACCUGGAUCGGGGGGAGGAGUACCGCUUUUCCGUAAGACGUUAG